UGCUUGUACGCUUGGGAAAAUGAAAUUGACUUUAAUAUUUGGAGUUCUUGCUGUAUUGGCUAGCCAAUCAGCUGGAAAAUUCAUAAAAUACAAUCCACGAUUGGAUGGACGUAUUGUGGGUGGGGAAGAUACUACCAUUGAAGAGUACCCAUACCAAAUUUCAUUGGAAUACUUUGGUAGUCACCGUUGUGGUGGUUCAGUCAUAAGUGAAACUGUGAUUUUAACAGCUGCCCAUUGCACUUCUGGAAUUUCAGCUUCAUACUUGAAAGUUCGUGCUGGUACCUCCAAAAAAGGUAGUGGUGGUGUUCUAGUUCAAGUUGAAAAAGUAUACGUCAAUGAAAAGUACAAUCCAUAUAACAUUGAUUUUGACGUAUCCUUGCUUGUAUUGGCUCAACCAUUAAGUUUCUCUGCUCAAAUUCAACCAAUAGCAUUACCCGGCGAGGAAGAAUAUUUGGAUGAACCAGAAUUAAGUGUAAUUACCGGCUGGGGUGCCCUAAGUUCUGGAGGACCAUCACCUUCUCAAUUGCAAAAAGUGAUUGUACCAAUUGUUUCACAAGAUAAAUGUGUUGAAGCAUACGCCAAUUAUGAAGUAACUGAACGUAUGAUCUGCGCUGGAGUAUUAGGCGAAGGUGGCAAAGAUGCAUGCCAAGGUGACUCUGGUGGUCCAUUAGUAUCAAACGGUAAAAUUCAUGGCAUUACUUCAUGGGGUCUUGGAUGUGCUCAAAGAGAUUAUCCAGGUGUUUAUACUCGUGUUACUGCUGUACGAGACUGGAUUCGUGAAAAAGUGGACUUGUAAAUUAAUGAAAUAUGACAAAAUGGCGUUUUUUUUAAUUGAAAUAAA